CUCAAGAAGAGUGGAGAGGAUAUACCGUUAAUAUCCCUACUUGUCCGAACCCCCCAAACCCCAAUGCAUCUCUUCCCGUCUUUUAGCCGAAACUCGCUGCCCUUUUUCGUCAUUUCACCAAGCAGCAGCUGCUCCACUCCUCCUCCGCGGCUCCGCCUGAGAUUCACCACUCCACCCUCCAAUCCGAAUCCAAUGAAAAAGCAGAGCGACUUUUCCGAUUGAAUCCAAAAAAAAGAAAAAGAAAGGAAAGAAUUGCGGGGCGGAGAGAAAUGGAACACCCAUUCUUCAUCAACGCCAACUCGAAUCGGGCGGAGGCGAUCAGAUGGUUUUCGAUCGCAGAGAAGCUGCUGAACACGCGCGAUCUGCUAGGGUCCAGAUCCUUCGCGACCCGGGCCCGAGACUGUGACCCGACCCUGUUGCAGGCCGAGCAAAUCAUCGCCAUAGCCGACACCCUGCUCGCCGGCGAGAAGCGGAUUAACAACCAGCACUGCGACUGGUACGGCAUCCUCCAAGUCCCUCCCAACCAGCGCCACGACGGCGACUUCAUCGCCAAUCAGUACCACCGCCUCGCCCUCCUGCUCAGUCCCAACAAGAACAACUUCCCCCUCGCCGAUCAAGCUUUGCGCCUCGUCGUCGAGGCUUGGUCGUUGCUCUCUAACCGCUUCAGGAAGAGCCUGUAUGACGAAGAGAUCGGGUUCUUUCUCACCCUGAAUCAGGAACCGGCUCCUCCUCCUCCUGCUUCACAGCCCAGCGCGUUUAAUGUUUUCCCCAACUCGGGCAGGGAGCAACAGCAGCAGCAGAUGCUAUUUGCUAGCCGCGAACAACAGCCUAUGAGCGCCGGGCAAUCAUUUCUGACCUCUAUGCAGCAGCAACAGCAGCAGUCAAGUUCGAGCAGAGGACAGCAACCAGGAAUGUUUCUCAAUCGAGACCAACAGCAACAAGUUACUUCGAUCCCCUCCCUGAACAGAGACCCACAGCCGCCGGAGACCUAUAUUCCGAGCUCCACUAGAGAGCCGCAUAUGAUUUCCUUUGGGUCAAGCCCAGAUCGAGGAGAGCAACUACGUGCGGCUUCUGUGCAAGACCCCCCUCCUGACCAUCACAGGAACACGCAGCCACAAUAUGAGGGGUUUGUAGGAAACACUAAUGACAAUAUUUUUGGUAGUUCUAUUGAUGAUGAAGCAAACAAGGAGAAAGAAAUGAAAGUCGAUGAGCCUAAGAUUGACAUUCCUAGCUUUUGGACUGCAUGCCCAUAUUGUUAUCAUAUGUUUGAGUACCCUGAUGUAUAUGUCGACUGUACACUGCGGUGUCGCAAUUGCAGGAUGGCAUAUCAGGCCAUAGCAACCUCUUCACCUCCUCCCAUCAUUGACGGGAAAGAUGCUUACUUUUGCUGUUGGGGUUUUAUCCCAUUGGGGUUCUCUGUGGCAGAUUGGGAGAGAAAUAGGAAUCGAGCUACGAGCUGGAGUCCUUUCUCACCUAUGUUUACUUGUCCUAUAAAUGGAGGGAAGAAUGGGGUUAGUGGUGGGAAAACUGCAAAUUAUACUGCUGUGGGCCAGAAAGAUGGAAACUCUUCAGGUGGUUUUCAUAGUGUCAGAGCACCAAAAGGUGGUAGUGCUGGCCAAAAGAAUGUAACUCCAAGAAUGGAUGAUGGUGGUGGCCACCUUGGCAGUGGUGGCGGGUGUGGUGAAAAUGACGAGCCCGUAGACUCAGGUGGGGUAUCAAAUGAAGAUUGGCAUGAUGGUAGGGCGAGGAAGAAAGCAAGAAAUGUGAAUGAAAAGGGGGUAAAUGUAAUGACUCCUCCUAGUAGAAGUGUCCAAAAACAUCAGGCAGAAAAUGGGAAGAAUGGCAAUGGUAAUAAUACUACAGGUGGUAAAAAGUCACUAGAUGGUUUGCAAGUUCAAGGCGGUGGCCGUGUCACAACUGAGGCAACCAAGAAAGGUAUUGUGGGCAAUGCAAGGAGACAAUUUGGGAGAAUUGCCAGAGACUAUGGGAAAUUGGACCUGAACGUGGAGUUCAGUAAUGACGGUGAAGAUCAUCAGUAUGGGAUGGGUGGUCGUGGACAUGGAACAGGAAGGGGAGUGGAUGAUAACAUCGAGGGGAUUGGAUUUUUUGAAGGUCUUGAUGAGUUCCUAAGCAGUCUUCCGAUACUCAACGUGGUUGGUGAGGAUAAGGUGAAGGCUGCCUAGUGAGCCAGUCACCAUUUCUAUUGUUGUUAUAGUUGUAACUUUAGCAUAUUGCAUUUACAUCUUGUAUGUUUGUAGUAUUGAACCAGGUAUGGUUACUUGGUGCAUGACUUUGGUGUAUUAUUCCGUUGCAUAUUUUGCAGCAAAUCUAAUGUGUCU